ACGAAUAUGAGAUAUCUCUUUCUAUUCACGUCACAUAUAAACCGCUCUUGCACUGCUACGUCGAUGAAGAAGCUCUUUUUGGGGUGUAUGACGUAACAAGGUUGUCGUCUGGCAUAGCGUUUCUUAGUAGCCAUUUUAUUCCCAACCGCACGGCUGAUUAAGGUGCUUCUGUGUACAUCCAACCUUCGGUUCGGCCCACCAGCACCAUGGAUUCAAAGCGGUAUGAACGCAGCGGCAGAUCGAAUACAGAAUCGCCACCUACUCCACCCUCGCCUCCCAUGUAUAGCACAGGUUGUACCAUGAUACAUGACAGUCACAAGAGUAGAAUCAGUAUGCGACGUUCACCCUCACCCGGCGGGGACCACCAUCGAAGCAGUAGAUCUUCGCGGAACUCGCCACUUCCAGAGCGACGCAAGCGCCGUCGUAGCAGCUCCAGAUCUCCUGUACGUUCUCACAGACGGUCUAGGUCCAAUGAUAGAGAUCGAGAUCGUGACAGAGAGAGGUCACGAAAAUAUUCCAGAAGAGAUAGAUCACGGUCGAGAUCGCGCGGAAGAUCACGCUCAAGAGACAAGAGGCGAAGUCGAAGUCGUAAUCGCAGCAGAGAUCGAUACAGGUACAGAGAAAGCCGUAGGCAUCAUGCAAGAGCAACUUCAUAUGAGUCAGAUGCUCUGGAAGACCAUGGAGAGGAGGCGGGGGUGGUGAUGCGUCAAGCCGUAGCUGUUGCUCCACAACCGAAUGCCUUUAAGAAUGACGGUAGUUUUAUGGAGAUGUUCAAGAAAAUGCAAGAACAGAUGCAACCUGCCGCACAGAAGCCCACCACCUCUGUGUUGGAAGAGAAACCUAUAGUGCCACCACCAUUGAUGGUAGGCAAGAGGAGAGGUGGUAGGAUUCUAAAGACUGGUAUGGUAGCGAAACCAAAGACAGAACAGAUAGUGGAACAACCGAAGGACGCGUGGUCUCUGUAUAUGGCAGAGGUAAAAAAGUACCGAGAGGUUUGCUGCCAAGAGGAGGAUAAUACGCGACCAUUAGUCAAAUAGUUUUGACAUGUCAUAUUAUCCUAUCUUUACAUACUGUGGCUAAUUACUUUUUUUAAUACCUAUAGUUAAUUGUUAAUUCUUAAAAGAACUAAAAAAAAUAUUGGGGCAGAUAUUUCUUCUCAAAGGCACUUUUCUUUCAUUCGUUCGUUUUACGUUUUGCCGUGAACUUUGUAUUCAUUUGACAUCGACGCCAUGAAAGUUCUUUUAACGAUUUGAAUGAAAUAAAACGGAAAAGAGAAGUGCCGUAAGAAACAAACUCACUUGUGAUAUAGUGUCGUAUGUGCUUUGAGAGAUGAAUGAACAAGAGCGAGAGAGAAACGUAGAAUUUACAUUUACGAGCAGACAAUAGAGGGCAGAGGAGAAGAGAGAAGGUGAAA